AGCGAGUGCCCUCAAAUUGUGGAAGUAGAAAGAAGAAUGGUCCAAAGAGGCAGGCAGUAAGCAGAAGAACUGAAAAGAAGCUCCGCUAUGCCCAGCUGUCCCCAAACAGAACAGAUCUCUUUCUUUCCAUCUAUCUGUGGAGUGUGAAGGUUCUCCGUCGUCCCUCUCCACUCUCCUGCAGAAUAAUCCCUUCCCAUCGCCCGGAAUCGCCUCUGCCAGCUUCUUGUUAACGGUUAACCACAACUCGAGUCCUUGCUCCGUCUGCUGUGCAUCUAAAAAGUUCCACUCCGAAUUAUCCCUGUGUGUAUCCCCGUGUGCCCGAGGCCCUCUGACCUCAUAUCCGAUCAACCAUACGCCUCGUUACUACACGUUCCUGAGGUGUAUCUUAGUGUCUGCAACACGAUUUCUCUCCCGUGAUUUCUGCAAUGCACCGCGUAGCGAGUGUAGGUAAUACUUCCAACUCAAGUAGGCCUCGGAAGGAGAAGAGGCUGACUUAUGUACUGAAUGAUGCAGAUGAUACUAAGCACUGUGCUGGUGUCAAUUGCUUGGCAGUAUCAAACUCAGCUGUUACUGAUAAGCAUGACUACAUAUUUACUGGGAGUCGUGAUGGCACAUUAAAAAGAUGGACUUUGGCUGAAGAUGGUGCCACGUGCUCUGCAACGUUUGAGUCCCAUGUUGAUUGGGUAAAUGAUGCUGUUCUAACAGGUGGUAACACAUUAGUGUCAUGCUCCUCGGACACUACAGUCAAGGUAUGGAAUAGCUUGUCUGAUGGGACUUGUGCUGGGACACUUCGUCAGCAUUCUGAUUAUGUCACAUGCCUUGCUGCAGCAGAAGAAAAUAAAAACAUUUUCGCCUCUGCUGGCCUUGGUGGAGAAGUUUUUGUAUGGGAUCUUGAAGCAGCACUCGCUCCCAUCUCUAAGAUGAUUGAUGGCAAUGAAGAUGAAUGUUCUAAUGGUGUCACGAGUUCAGGAAUUUCGUUACCCGUUACAAGUCUCCGACCUACUAGCUCAAGCAACAAUAUUUCAUCACAUACUACUCAGUCCCAAGGGUAUGUUCCUACUGCUGCAAAAGGGCACAAGGAGUCAGUUUAUGCAUUAGCUAUGAAUGAGACAGGGACUCUACUUGUGUCUGGUGGAACUGAGAAGGUUAUACGUGUUUGGGAUCCAAGGACGGGAUCAAAGACUAUGAAACUAAGAGGGCAUACUGAUAAUAUUAGAGCACUGCUUCUGGAUUCUACUGGCAGGUUCUGCCUAUCAGGAUCAUCCGAUUCAAUGAUCAGACUAUGGGAUCUUGGCCAACAGAGAUGUGUGCAUUCCUAUGCUGUGCACACAGAUUCUGUUUGGGCACUUGCUAGCACUCCAACAUUUAGUCACGUCUACAGUGGUGGAAGAGACCUAUCUUUAUACUUGACAGACCUGGCAACACGAGAGAGUGUACUACUUUAUACAAAGGAACACCCAAUCGUGCAAUUGGCAUUGCAUGAUGAUGGUAUCUGGGUUGCAACAACUGAUUCUUCUGUACAUAGAUGGCCAGCAGAAGUGCACAAUCCUCUGAAAGUUUUUCAAAUAGGAGGUUCAUUCUUGGCGGGAAAUUUGUCAUUUUCUAGGGCAAGGAUUUCGUUGGAGGGAUCAACACCUGUGCCUGUUUAUAGAGAACCGUCAUGUAGUAUCCCUGGGACUCCAGGAAUAGUUAAGCAUGAAAUUCUAAACAACAGAAGACAUGUCCUUACAAAGGAUACUGCUGGCGCUGUGAAAUUGUGGGAAAUCACCAGGGGCACUGUGAUUGAAAAUUUUGGUGAGGUUUCGUUCGAGAAGAAGAAAGAAGAACUUUUUGAGAUGGUAAGCAUACCUGCGUGGUUUACCGUGGAUACGAGACUUGGAAGCUUGUCUGUACAUUUGGAUACACCACAAUGCUUCUCUGCUGAGAUGUACUCUGUGGACCUUAACAUUGCUGGGAAGCCCGAGGAUGACAAAAUUAACUUGGCGCGGGAAACCCUUAAAGGUCUUUUGGUUCAUUGGUUAACCAAAAGAAAGCAGAGAUUUGGAUCCACAGUGUCAGGAAAUGGGGAAGUCCUGCCUGGGAAAGACAUCUCUACUAGGAAUUUAGCUGUAUCAAGAGUUGAGGCAGAUAGUAACACAGAUAAUGAUUCUGUUGUUUAUCCACCGUUUGAGUUUUCAGCACUUUCCCCUCCAUCUAUCAUUACGGAGGGCUCUCAAGGCGGGCCAUGGAGAAAGAAAAUUACAGACUUAGAUGGAAUGACAGAUGAGAAGGACUUCCCAUGGUGGGUCCUGGACUGUGUGUUGAACAAUCGCCUUCCUCCGAGGGAAAAUACCAAAUGCAGCUUUUAUUUGCAUCCAUGUGAGGGUUCUAGUGUUCAAAUACAUACUCAAGGAAAACUGAGUGCCCCACGUAUCUUGAGAGUUCAUAAGGUAAUCAACUAUGUCAUUGAAAAGAUAGUUCUCGAUAAGCCGCAACUGGAUAGCUUGAAUUCAGAUGGAACUUUUGUUUCUGGAGGAUCUGGCCCAGCUGUUGGAGGAGAUGUUGCCUUCAGGGCAGGCCUUAAGCCUUUUCAAAAGCUUAAGCCUUGUAUUGAGAUAUUGUGCAGCAACCAGGUAUUAUCUCCUGACAUGAGCUUAGCCACAGUUCGGGCUUAUAUAUGGAAGAAACCUGAAGACCUUGUUCUCAAUUAUCGGAUAGCUCCAAGCAGGUGACUCAGGGUACUCUGGUCUCAGCACUGCGUCGGCUUCAGCAUCUUGGUGAGCAGGUUGUCGUCUUCAGCAAUUUACGGUAACCUCAAACUCUUAAAUCGCUCCCCUUCUUCUGCAAACCGGUCCGUCUCUUUACCUUUGCUCUUCUUCUCGGUCAGUAAUAGAAUACUGCGCAUCUGUAUAAUAUAUUGGCUAAUGGCUAUACAAUUUUGAGCUUUGUAAAUAUAUGCUUCAUAAAUUCGCACAUAGCCUAUAACCCAAUAUUUAAUUGUGAAUGUCUGAUAGUGAGUGACUGGGUGUAGAUUGCCAGAUUAGUGGAUGUAGAUUAAAAGUCAAAUUUAAUAGUGAUGAUGACGGAUGAUGUUAUUCCACUACCAAGGACUUACGGAUUAAUAUUUGAAUAAUUUUUACAGUUCAAUAUGGUGAGUCAUUAUUACUUUUUAGGAUGAAAUAAUCUUGUGUGGCAUGUUUGUACUUACGUAUGUAUAUAUAUACAUAUAUAUGUGUGUGUAUAUACAUAUAAAUACUAUUUAUAAAAUAACCCCUAUAUUUUUUUAUAUUUACGUGUUUCCCCCAUGCUUUGUUUCUUGUAUUUUUGAAAGAUGGCAUUUCCGACGUUUCCAGUUUCCUGUGUCUGUGCCACUUAGGUAUUACUACCUCCGUUCCACUAACAUUGGGACAUGAGAAGGUUGCGCGAUUAUUAAGAAAAGCACCAGGCUUGGUCUGCUGUUAGCGCUUUUCAGGGUCUAUUUUGAUGGAGGAUUUUGUCGAGGAAGAUCAUGCUGGGUUUAUUAGACUACCUUUAUAUAUACUAGUAAACUCACCCGUGCGAUGCACGGUUUGAGAAUUUUUCUUUCAAAUUUAUGUGUGCUUAGUAAUUCAAAUCACACUAUUGACAUCAUUUAUCUUUAUGUAAUACUGAUAUACAUCAAAGCAUUAAAUGAAACACACUUAUAAUGUUAUGGUCAAAAUGAGAUUACUAAGCAUUACUUAAAAGAUAAAAAACAUCCAACAAAUACAUUGAAACCAUAACAUUGUAAAUAUGCAUUGAAAUCGAUGUGCUCACAAUACUAAAGAAUUACUUCCGGGUACUUCUUAUUAGCCUCCAUCCAUGUUGUGAACACACUGUCCUUAACUGAACAUUGAACAUAGGGCUGCACAUCGGUCGGGUCGGGUCGGGUUUGCUAAAAAAAUUGACCCUACCCAAUUUAAUCGGGUUGGCUAUUAACCAACCCGCGAUAUGUAAAAUUAGUUGACAACCCAUACAUGGAUGGGUCGGGUAGGGUCGGGUAAACAAAAAUAAAAUCAUUGCUUAAUGAUCCUUAAUGCACUUAUGAAGCAUUUACGGUUUUGUACUUCUAUUUUGUGAACUGUGAAGAAAAAGCAAAACUAAAUCAUGCAUUCUUUUAUAACAAAGAAAAGUUUUAAACUAAAAUAAAAGAAAAGUUCACAUGCCUCUUUUUUUAAAGCUAAAAUGAGGAUCUUAAUUUCAGUUUUUAACUGAGCAGUGAGCACCGAUUCAAAGUAAUGAAAAAAAAGUAAAGAGAAACUUGACAUACUACUAACGUGUCAAUAAUUUGAUGACACUCUAAAAUUUGAAUGCUCUCUCAUUUGCUUAGUUAAAGACUAAUGAAUCAUAACAGUUCAAUACUUCAAUGACUACGACCUAAAUUCAAGAUGUGGGCUGUGUUUAACACUGUGGGCAGUCUGUGCUAAGCCAAAUCAGGGAACACAGAUGGGAGUAUCCUCCCACAUGACAGAUUGAAAAAGAUGCAACUUUCCAAAACUAAUUUUCCAUUGAGUAAAACAAAAGCAUUCUGAAUACAUAGAUGGAUAAACAAAAAUAGUUCUGCAAAACAUUUGGUUAAAUUAAUAACCAAAGAAGUUCAGAGCUGCUUGAAACAAUAAGAAAAAAAACAAGCAAUACUGGAGAUAAGUGCAAAAGCAUAAAAGCCACAAAAGCAUCUCCAUAAUUGAGAAUCCAGUAUUAGUAAGCAAAAAAAAUGAAAACAGUCCGCCCAUGUGUGCAGCAGCAAAAAAACAUUUAUGUUGAUCAAUCAACCCCUAGCUCCAACAUCUCCAGAAAAUGCCUCACCAUUGCCAACCAAAGAAGAACCAAAGAAGAUCCACCUGAAAAGAAAAAACACAAUUUAGAUAUCAAAUACAUUAAAACAUUAAGUUUAAAAGAUUAAAUUUAAAUUCAGAAUAUAAGCUACAAAUACCUAAAUCUGCAAUAUCAUAUGCCUCCAUUUUCUCAAGGUCUAUGCUUUCAGUAGGAAGAGAGCCCUGAAGCCAAUUCUGAGUGCAUAUCAACUCUUGCACUGUCUUGGGACUCAAUGAGCUCCUAAAUGGAUCUAAGAUUCGGCCACCAGUGCUGAAGGCUGACUCGGAAGCUACUGUUGACACGGGAGUAGCCAGGACAUCUCUUGCAAUUUGUGACAGAACGUUGAACUUGGAACAAUUUAGCUUCCACCAAGAUAAUAUAUCAAAAUUCUCAAUUGCUGGAUCUUCAAUUGGAUCUGCCAAGUACCUUUCAAUCUCAUUCUUGAAAUCAUUUGCAUUCUUCUGCUUCAUCUUUUGAGCAAAAGAGCCCCAUAGACAGUUUCUCCCUUCCAGACUAGCAUCAGUACUCAUACCUGCAAUUCCUUCACCACAGUUGCUAUCUUUCACGCCAUUUCCCGAUCCAAACCCACUAUAAAACUCAAACAAACGAUACAACGUAUCUUUCACUUUUUUAGGGAAGAUUUCAUGAAGGGGAGAUCCUUGAUAAAAAAGGUAACUAAAGCAGUGAGUAAAGUAUUCCAUUUUAAACCUAGGAUCAAGUACUACUGCCACCAACAGGAUACAAUUAAAAUUAUUAAUAUCCCCCCAAUACUUAUCAUAUUUUUUCUUCAUGCUAGCAGCCAUCUUGGAAAGCAGAGAGCUCUUCUGAUUGCUUAAGCACGUGAGCUGGAUAAAUCACAAAACAAAAAGUGUAUUUUCAUUAUUAUCAUAUAAAACUUAAGAAGCAGAUAAAAAAAGUAAAAAAAUGCAUAAUAUGAAAGUACAUACCUGACUUUGCAUUUCACAUAGUUCAUGGAAGUAGGCAUUUGAUGUGAUAUUUAAGGUAGCACUAAACUUCAAAGUGGUGUUAUAAAAACCUUUCACAAACUUGACAAACACUUGCAAACACUGCAGCAUUCUCCCAAUCAGUGUAAGUUGGAGGACCUUUCUUUUUUUUCCCACCUUCCUCCUCACCAAAAUAUGACAAAUACUUGUCAUCUUCAUCUUCAUACCUCUCGAAUGCACUUUGAAAUUUAAUGACUGAAUCCAACAUCAGGUAUGUAGAGUUCCACCUAGUGGGUACAUCUAAUACUAACAGCCCAUUAAACUCAAUUUUUUCCCUCUCUGCACAUGCUUUAAAUUUUGCAAGUCUAGCCGGAGAACUCCGGAUAAACCUCACCGCAUUACGAAUUGCAGAAAUCGAAUCAUGAAGAUCUUUUAAUCCCUCGCUCACAAUUAGGUUAAUGAUGUGAGCACAGCACCUAAUAUGCAUAAACUCCCCUCCCAAAACAGAACCUUUCCAGCUAUUCAAUUUUCUUUUCAAGAAUGCAAUCAUAGUGUCAUUAGAAGAGGCAUUAUCAACCGUAACUGUUAAAACUCUUUCAAUGCCCCAUUCAUGCAAACAAGAUUCAAUGACCUUACCAACUAACUCCCCCUUCUGACUAGAAAUUUGACAGAAGUUUAAAACUUUUUUACACAAGUUCCAUUCAACAUCAAUGUAGUGAGCAGUUAAGCACAUAUAGUUUAUAUUUUGCAAAGAGGUCCAACAAUCUGUGGUCAAGCAUACUCUGGUUUCCUUUGUUUAGCUCAGCUUGGAGCUUUUUCUUUUCAUCAGAAAAUAGCUUAGAUACAUCCCUAGCAACAGUCAUACGAGAAGGGAUAACAAAUCUGGGCUGCAUUACCUGACAGAACUUUGUAAAUCCUUCACCCUCAACAAAUCUAAAUGACAAUUCAUCCAUGGCAACCAUUUUUGCUAAAGCUAGCCUGCAAUGGUCUUUAUUGAACCCUACAGCAGUUAGACCACCAUUUCCAGAUAUGUCAAAGCUCAAGCAUUUCUGUUUCUUAUCCUGGACUUUGUGUGGAUUUUUUUUACAUUGAUGCUCAAAAUGAACUUUCAUACUACUAGUUCCAUACUUCCUAAUGUGACAUUUGUAUUGUGCUCCACAAUAGUUGCAAGAGCACUUAGGGUCUUUUGGAUCCCUCCCUGAAAUGAGAGUAAAAUGACUCCAAAGGUAAGAUUUCUUUUUCCCUGAAGAUCCUUUUUCUACCUCAACAUCACUGACUUGAACGGGAGGGGGGGUUUGAUUCUCAGAAGGGGUGAGAUUUGCAGGGCUGGGUGUUCCUACCGUUUCUACACUUAAAUUAACUGAAUCAGACACAUCGAGUGAAUCCAUCUACACAAAAUUAUGAAAAAAAUCCUGAGUUAUAUGAAAUAAAUGAAAAAUUAAGAAAAGAAUAAAACUGUAAACCAAGUAACCAACUAUGUCGGAUUAACAAAGCACACAGGUGCAUACCUCUUUUUGUAGCUCAACUGAUCAACUAUUCUUGAAGGACCCUGAGUUCUUGACUGCCAGAGAAAGAAGAUGAAAAUUAGACUUGGGGGAUUAGGGCUGUUGGAUGCAUAUAAAUAGGUAAAAUAGCGUGAGCCUAUUAUGAAGAUUGAACUCAUUGAAGCUUUCAUAGUAUUCAUAUUUUGAGAAUCGAAGAGUCCAAGGAAAUUAAAGUUUGAGGGCAUCGAUGAGAUGGGAAUCGGAAAGUAUAGAGCCAGAGAACAAAGAAUUAAUAGCACAAAUGCAGAACAUGUAGAGGCGUAGGUACAAAUUUUAAAUUAUGCGGCCAGGUCGGGGGGUUAUCGGGUUUUUCAUGGGAAUCCCGCAACCCUACCCAAUUGUACGGGUUUUUAAAAAAUAAACCCACAACAUUUUUUAUGGGCCCAAUAACCGACUAAAGUCGGCUGGGUAGGGUCGGAGCGGCCGGGUUUUGCGGGUUCGGGGAAUUUCUGUGCAGCCCUAACUGAACAUGCCCGAACCACUGAAUCCAGAGGCUGAUCAUCACGAAAGACAACACUUUAUUCUUCCGGCAAAUGGAAGCUCAAAUGUUCAACAUCGGGGGCUUAUAAUGAAUUUCAAACCCAAAUAUGCGCCAAACAGCCUCGCACGCAAAAAUGUAUUUACAGUCAUAGUACAUUGGUAUCUCAUCGAUUGAUCGUGCGAUGCACGGUUGGUGAAAUUCCUUAGUUUUAAUCAAAUUUAUUUUGAAAUAAAACUAAACUUGUAAUUUUAAUUGAAUAUGACUAAAAAAGUUAUACUACAUUAUUUAAAGUUAUACUAUAUAGAGUUUUUAUGGUAUGUAUCAGGCACUAUAAUGUUGAUUGGUUAUUAUUAACCCAACCACACAAAGUUGAAUAGGACUAAAAAGUGUAUUUUCAACAACAAAACAAUUCGCCACAAUGACUAUUGACAUUUGAAGUUGUUAAUAGGAAUGCUUAGGAAUCGACACAUUUUUGCUCGCACUAACUUAUGUCAAAAUCAUUUCUUUUAGUAAAAUGUUUUGCUAGUAAUUCACCUUGCGAUGCGCAAAUGAUUUUGCCAUGUUUUUUUCAUUUUCAAAGGUUUAUAUAAAUUAAUUGGUGGUAAAUUAUUUAUAAUGACUAAGUAAUAAGGCAUAGAUACAUAAAUCGCUAAAAUACCCGCGAUCUACGUACCGAACGCUUCGUACCGAAUCGCGGUACGAACGCGAUCCGAACGCAGCAUGGAACGCUCUCCGGAACGCUGUGCCAGUCGGUCCCAAACUCAUCUGGAAGCGAGCUCAAACGCCGUCUGAUACGACCUCAGUCGUUUUCAAUUGUGAUCGGAAACUCAACGCAGGUCGUUCCGCGUAUGUAUCCCCAUCGAUCACUAUUUGAAAAAAAAAUCGUCGUUUGGUUUGACUCGUUUGAGACGAGAAGUUUAAAAUCAGUACGCUUCGUUUUAAAAUAGGCGUACCGAUUCCCAAGUCCCAACUAGCUCUUCGUUUUCUGAUCCUAAUUAUUCCUACUCAUCAAAUUUAUAUUUUAAUUAACUGAAUAUUAAUGUUUUUGCUUUUGUUUAAUGUUAUGAAAUCAUGUUAUGAAAUCUGUUUUUGUUCAAUGGUGAAAUCUGUAAUUCUGUAUUCUAUAAUUCAUUUUUAUAUUUUUAUUAUAGUACCAAAAUAUUAGGUACAUCGUACCGAACGCGUACCGAAAUGAACCUACCCCCCUCCGAAUCGGAUACGCUAGAUCUAGCGAACCGCAUUCCCGUUCCUCGUUCCCGUAUCGAAUCGUACCGCGAACCAUGUGACUAUGUAAUAAGGUGACUAUAAAUUUACACGAAUUGCAUUUUUUAGACGAAUUGUCUGUCUAAAUAGGUCAAAUAAGGGAGUAAAAUAUGUGAAAGUGUGUUAUGUCAUUCUUGAAUUAUACUUGAAUCUAAGUUUGUGGGAAAAGUUCAAAUAGGUGCUUCUACUAUUUCUAGUAUCCAAGUAUGGUCUGGUCUUGUUUGUUGAAGUUUGGUUUGGUCUGAGAUUGAAAUAAGUCUAAGUAUAAACGUCUUGAGUAAUAUGGUGACUAUGCAUUUAUACAAAUUGCAUUUUUUACACGAAUUGCCCGGGUAAAUUGGCAAAUCAGGGGGGUGCAAAUGUGUGAAAGUGUGUUAUGGCAUUAUUAAACAAUACUCAUAUAUGAUUUUGUGAGAAAAUGUUUGUUGAGUCUGUAUAUGAAAAGUAAUGCUAUCAUUUAAGCACAAUAACUUUCGAAACACAUUCAAUAGGUAGAAUAGAAUCUGUAGUAGUUCUUAAUUCAAAAAUAUGUACAACUCCAGUGUGAUGCACGCUUGGUGAAAUUUCACGUGUAUGAUUAACUUCAGAAAAAAAUUACAAUUUAUGCAUGAUCACGUGUAUAAAAAACAAAUUUGUAAAUUUAAUUUAAUAAUUUAGAAUUAUACCUCAUAAAAAAUUAAAAUUUGAUGUAAAAUUAAACAUAUCUAAUACGAUUAUCAAUGAUUAUGGAGUAGUACACUAAUUUUUAUAACCCAAUAAAAUAGUAAGUAGCACGCAGUGACACGGUAAAUAUAAUUUGAAACACACUAAACUUAAUGAUAAAUGUUAUUAAAAUAGUUCUUUAUACACAUCAUUUUUGGUUUCAUUGUUUGUUCCACUAUCAUUGAUUACUCUAGACACAAUCACAUAAAGUUAGCCAUGAUUAAAAUAUGUUUAUUGAACAACAAAUCAACAUGCGAUAAUGACAUAUUGUUUUUACUUUUUUAUAGUCAUCAUGUCAUAAUAAGUCAUUUUUGGGUAUUAUUGUAUAUGGAAUUGGAAUGCCAAACUAACAUAUGAAGGCGAUAAGCAAUGCUUGUGAAUUAACACCUUAUUUUCAACACUACGCCCCGUUAAAAUCCUUUCUUCUAAUAACUCACUCGUGCGAUGCACGGACUGGAAAAUACCGAAUUGAAAAUCACAAACUGACCCUAACUUGGUUUGAAAUUUCUUGGCACUCUGGGUAAUUUCUUUUUUAGACAGUCCGAGUAGAAAUCACCCAACAAAAUCCGAAAAACCGACCGCGCUCGUGGUCUCUAAAGUCCAUAUCCCAACAACCUAAUCAACAUACCCAGAACAAUUGCCUUAAAUAAUGAGAAACCCCCAUUAUUUUAAACAUACUAAAUAUUAAAAAUUGGAUUUGAUUUGUUGGUAAUUACAACGAUAAUAUUUGUGUUAUUUUGCGUGACAUGUACUAUCGAGCGAUAAAUAUAAAAGGACGACGUGAUGAAUUCUCGUUCGGCUUUAACCGGCCCUACCCUAACCCAAGAUAUUAAAAACACGACUUGGACCAAAUAUAAUAGUCCUUGUUCAAGUUUUAAUUUUCAUAACCUUGGAUUUUAGGGCUGUUCUUCGGGUUUACCAAUACUCGAUCCAGACCGAACUUAUCCACCCUUAUGUAAAUGUAAUAUCAUUAAAUUUCUCUGUCACAUAAAAGGAAUCACUUAAGAACUUAUCCACCCUUAUGUCCAACCAAGCAUUCCAGCCCAGCUGGUUGUGAGAUUACCGUGCCUAGUGAGAGGUCUCGAGUUCGAAACUCGCUAGGGGUUGAAACUCAGUGGAGUGAGUUUCAGCCAUGAUUACUCCAGGAUCCCCCAGCCCCCCUGACCUGUUUUUCUUAACAUCCCCCGUUAAGCCUCGCACAUUGCUAGGCACCAGGCUUGGUCUGCUGUUAGCGCUUUUUAGGGUCUAUUUUGAUGGAGGAUUUUGUCAAGGAAGAUCAUGCUGGGUUUAUUAGACUACCUUUAUAUAUAUUUGAGAUUUAAUAAAAUUUGGAAAAUUAGCAUAAUAUAUGACUGUCUAACCUCUCAAUCACCUUUUAUUGUAUUUUGAAACAUUAUACGGGCUAUGGAGUAUGUAUCAAGAUAUAGAACAAGCCGUCCAUAAGUCUUCAAAACUCCUCAACCCUUACUGACUACUCCCUCCGUCCCAUUUAUAUUGUCCCGGAAGAGAGUGACACGGUUAUUAAGAAAAGUGGGUUUGUGUGGUUGAUAUUAAUUGAUAAAGUAAGAAUAAAGUAAGAAUGAUUUAGAACCACACAAACUUUGCCAAAUAUGGUAUGGGACAAUAUAAGUGGGACUUCCCGAAAAGGUAAAACGGGACAAAAUAAAUGGGACAGAGGGAGUACAUUACAUGGGGUGGGGGCUUGAUCCAGGUCUCCUAUUUGGUAGAGAAGAGAGAUAGAGACUGGAAGUCUGAAACUACACCACCGGGUCAUUAGUGACUGGCGAGCGAGGACUUUUUCCCACUAAUAAUGGGGGCUGUGGAUUUUAAUGAACUUCCCUGAUUUUUUACCAUUAGCCAAGUUUUCUUUUUUUCCCCAUCAUUUGCAAUGGAGUCAAAGACUCGCUAUUUUUGGCUUGAGAAUAUGAUGAAAUAAAGUAAAAUGGCUCGCUAAACUUUUCGUGCUUCAUUGUUAUGUAGCAACACUCAGUCCAUGCAAUUUUGGACGCAAUUUUCACUCUGGGUCAUCUGGAAACAGUCUCUAUGUGCUUGUAGUACAGGGUUAUGACUGUGUACAUCCGACCCCCCCACCCCCACCGUAGGUGGGAGCCUUUGCGACACUAGGGUAAUGAUGAUGAUGGUGAGCCAAGUUUUCUUUUGGUGAAGGGAUGACCUGGAUUGGCAAGUUAGGAAGUUUUCUAGAUCAGAGUGAGCAGGUUGUUGUUGAUGUCAAACUGCUUUGUACAUUAUGGGGCUUCUGGUGAAAUCAGAAGGCAGCAUCGUAUAAUGUGGAACAAGUAUGAUGCUUUUGGAAGAAAAGUGCAGUUAUAAUGAUAAAAGUGCGGAUAUGGAAGUUUAGAAAGUGUAAUAUAUAGUAGUGCAAUUUUUAUAAAUUUGGUAUGCACAUGAUAAAAGUGCAUUUUAUUUUGUAAAAGAGUGGCAAUAUAGUUAUGCAUGAAGCGUAAUAUAAUAAUGCAUUUUUGUAUAUGUCUAAAAUUUACGCCUGAAUAUUUAUAUCCAUUUUUAAAACAUGUAUGGAUGUGCACAACAUGUGUAGAGUGUAGAUUCAAAAGUCCAAACCAAAAAC